AUGAAUUUAAUAUUAUCGAAAUUUAUGUGGCAGAAUGGAACGAGGAUCAAUCAGUAUUUAUUCGCUGUUUUAAUAACAAUACCUCUAGUAAGCUUUGGCAUGGUGCAAGGAUGGUUAUCACCAAUGAUAUCGAUCCUGCAAUCUUCUGAAAGUCCAUCGCCAGAACCUUUCACCUCCAGUGAUAUAUCCUGGGUGACAUCAGUCACGUACAUCACGGCGAUCGUCUUCGGAGCACCCAUGGGCUACCUUACUGAUAGAUAUGGACGAAAAGUCAUGACCCUUAUCACGACUUUUUCUUUGAUUUUAUAUUGGCAAAUAAAGCUAAUAUCCCUAGAGCCCUGGGCGCUUAUCCUGGCGCGGGCUAUCGCCGGCAUACCUUGUUCUGCCUGCUACAUCGUCUUGCCAAUCUAUUUGAAGGAAAUAAGUGAUAUAGAUUUAAGAGGAGCACUUGGAUCUCUGCUUAUAUUAAACAGAAACAUAGGCUAUCUAGCCAGUUACGUGUUCGCGGAUCUCUUGCAAGUAAAUACCAUGCUGUGGAUAGGCCUAUUAGUUCCUACUAUAGUAUUUUUUAUCUUCCUCGUCAUGCCUGAGACACCCGAGUUUUUGGUUAAACAGGGUAAAGUUGAUGAAGCUAAAACGGUGUUAGCGUGGUUACGCGGCAGGAGUAUAUUAGACCACACCUUAGAACAAGACAUAGACACCAUAGUGAAAGCCGAAAAGCAGACCAAGGCUGAUCCUAAAUCCGUCUGGAAAAUUAUAUUAAAAGACAGAGCGACUUUUAAGGCGUUCAUCAUAACGUUAGUGAUCAAGAUCACUCAGCAGUUCGACGGGUACCUCAUAGUGCUGAUAUACGCGGGUUACGUGUUUCAGCGUGCUUCUGAAUCUAUAUCUCUGGAACUAAGUGCCAACAAGCAGGUGAUGAUGAUCGGACUGGUCCAGCUGGUGGGAUCUGUCAUAGGUACUUGCAUCGUGGAGAAGACCGGCAGAAAGUUGCUGCUAGUGUCCACAUCCUUUGCGGUUGGGGUAGGGAUGUUGCUACUGUCCGGGUGGUUCUACCUCGCAGGGACAGUGACAUGGUUACCAGGAUGGGUACCAGUAUUCGCGAUGUGCCUGAGCAUCUUUGCCGACGCGGCAGGCUUCCAGCCAAUAUCAUAUAUCAUCAUUACUGAUUUAUUUUCUUUUCAACUACGUGGCACUGUGUCGUCGUUCGCCAACAUUUGUGCCAAGCUAAGCAACUUUGUUCAAAUGAAGUGGUUCACAAAACUCUGUGAAUUGAUCAGUAUUCACUGGACCUUCUUAUUUUUCUCUAUUGUCAGCUUUUUUGCGUCAAUUUAUACGUUAACCGCUUUCCCUGAAACAAGGAACAAAACUGUUGAUGAAAUAUAUGAAAAGUUAGAUAAAAAGAAAGAUGAAAGAAUAAAAGCUGUGCCG